AUGGGUUUCGGAGUUGGUUGGAUGAAAUGGAUGGAGGCGAUGGUGUUCAAUAGUCAUAUGUCGGUUCUUGUGAAUGGUAGCCCGACUAAGAAGUUCAAAGUUACUAGGGGUAUUAGACAAGGAAACCCGUUAUCUCCCUUUCUUUUUGUUUUGGUGCCGGAGUUGGCGGGUUUAGUCAGGAGAGCGUCAGAAGUGGAGAAUUUUAGAGGGAUUAGUAUUAAAGUCCCUGACCUUGGUGUUAAUUAUCACAAGAGUAAACUGAUUGGUAUCAAUAUCAAUUUGAAUCUGUUGAGGUCUGCUGCCAAUUUCCAUGCAUGUAGCGUUGAAGAUAAUAAUUUCACUUUUCUUGGUAUUCCGAUUGGAUCUAAUCCAAGAAGAAUUUUGUUCUGGAAUCCUCUUAUUAAUAGGUUGAAGAGAAGGCUUAAUGGUUGGAAAGGGAGAUUAUUAAGUUUGGGAGGAAGGAUAACGUUGUUGAAAGCGGUUUUAAGCAGUUUACACAUUUUCUUCAUGUCUUUCUACAGGGCUCUGGUUCAUGUUUGCAAAGAAAUUACUAGAAUUCAGAGUAAUUUUUUGUGGAGUGGAAUAGAAGAUAAGAAGAAGAUUCACUGGGUUAGGUGGGAUUCUUUAUGUCUUUCUUUGGAGAAGAGCGGUAUAAGUUUGAAGCUAGUGGAAGAGUUUAACGUUUCUUUACUUUUAAAGUUAGCUUCAACGUGGUGGAAAGAUAUAUUACUAUUGAAGUUUAGACAUGAGGAGGGACUCUUUGUCGAUAGGUGUAGAUUUGUUUUAGGAAAGGGUAACACUAUUCUCUUUUGGCAGGUUACAUGGACUGGGGACUUUAAUCUUAGAUCGGAAUUUCCCGAUUUAUACGAGCUGUCAAAUGCGAAGAACGAGGUGGUUGCGGGUAUGAGGGAGUGUGACUCGGAUUUAUGGAGGCGGGGCAAUUUGGGUGUUGAUGUUUCAGCUAAUUAUUUGUCUCAGUUUCGGCUCCACGAGUUGCAUGGGAUGCUAAGCUCUUUUUUAUCCAAAUAG